ACUGUAGAGCAGUUGUUGUCUUGCAGCAGUUUGCAGGCUCCUGCCAUUUCCUUCUUUCUUUUGUUUUUCUAUUUUCUGUUUCUAUCCUUUGGCUGUGCUGUUGCCUUAUGGACGACUUUUCUUUUUCUUUUUAAUUUUUUCAAAUUAUGUGAUUCUCCUGAAUCCUCUCUCUCCUCUAUAAAUCAAACGGGACCUCUCCUUUACUAUCCUAUGUUCUCUCGCCUAACAUCUCAACGUCCUUUUUUUUUCUUUUUUCUUUUGUUUUUCAAUUUUUUUAUAUGGUGCUCUGUUUAUAUUUGUUACACACACGCAGAGUUUCUCAAAGGAGCUGUACAGUUAAAGCUAAGGGAAAUUAAUUGUUAAUUUAAAAAAACGUAGAAAGAAAAAAGAUGAAGCAGUGUGCGAUCCAACAAAGAGCCAUUGGAAGCAGCCGUGAGGAGAUGCGGAGCUCCUUUUCGGUUUCGGUUAUGGUUUCGGAUCGGAGAGAGGUUAUGGUCUGCCCGAAACCACGUCGUUUGGGUAUCAUAAACGCUUCCGUCAACGAACACCCUGUUAGGUCCCUCAGAUGGCAACUUAGCCAUCAAGCGGAGCAUUGUGAUUCAAAAGCAGGGAGUGAUUUUUUGGAUAUGAUUCUUACAAAGGGUGGUUGUGGAGUGGAACAAAGUUGUACACAAGUAGCGUCGUCGCCCCCAUUUUUUUGUGGGUCGCCGCCGAGCAGAGUAGCUAACCCAUUAAUACAGGAUGCUCGAUUUGGGGAUGAGAAGAUCAUCACCCCACUGUCACCGCUGUCUCCGAUCCCACCUCCUUCGGGCUUACCCUCGUCGUCUCCAUCAUCCUCUUCAAGGAAAGGAGGCUGUAUUCGAGCGAAUUUUGGUAACAAACCAGCGGUGAGAGUCGAGGGGUUUGAUUGCCUUGACAGGGAUCGGCGAAAUUGCAGCAUCCCUGCACUGGCUUAGAACCCAUUUCGAUCCACAAAGUGUACAUAGAUAAAAAAAAAAAAAAAGGAGCUUAAAAAAAUCAGUUUUAAAACGGAGGGGAAUUUUUAAGUUGUAUGAAAAGAAAAAAAAUCUGACGAAUCCUUUCUUGGUGUAAAUAUGUUUGAAGGUCCUUUGCAUGUAAUGAAUGAAGAUGUGUUGCAAGUAAGUGAGUUUCUUCAACAAAAAUAAGGACUUAGGCGUUGUUUAUGUGUGGUGUGAUGAUUAGAAACCAUGUCAGAAGAUGAAUUGGGGUCGAUGGCCAUUAAAUCUUGUAUUGUUUUUGUUUUGUUAGUAAGAGUGUCAAGUCAGGAAGGAAAAAAUAUUGCUUUUAGGUUUGAUUUUCGAGGUCGUUGUUGCUUCGAUGAGACAAUGAGCGGCUUAUGGAGAGAAAUCUGUACAAAAUCAAGCGGGUAAUUGAGUGAUUUAAGCAGUUUGUAUAAAUUUUUUUUUUAUUUUUAUUUUCGGUCUCUCUUUCUGUCUUUACUUUUUAGUUUGUUUGUUGUGUUUUGCAUUUGGAAUCCCCAUAAAGCUAUAUCCUGCGAGGUAUUGAUGUUUGCUUAUGGAUCACGCCAGUUAGUAUGGAUCGAUGAUGGAGCCUGGAAAGGCUGAUACUGGAUUGAUUUUUUGUCAGUAUUCUCUUAAUAUGGGCAACGAGCAUCCUAAAACUUUAUGCUUUGUCAACGUGAAUAAAGAUGAAGGAAUCUGAGAGUUAUUGUGUAGUUAUUCGACUCAUCUAGUGUAUGCAAAAAUUGUCGAAGGUCUUUCGUUCCAAAUCCGAUGAUCCUCCACGGUCCACUUAUCUCAUCAACCUUUUUCUUUUACCAGACAAGCAUCAUAUUGUAUUCCACUAACAAUUU